CAUCGAGUCAGCUCCCUUCCCAUCUUCAUCUCCAACCCCCCCUUCAUUCCACCAAGUUCUCUCGUCAUCCUUGCCACUCAUUCGAAUCUCAUUCCGCGUCAGACCUCUAUGAGUCUGCCACGGUUCCUAAAGGGCUUGCAGAGGAAGCCCUCGUCAGCACAACCCUCUAUCCCCUCACACCCCAGCGAUCACAAUCUCUCUGACGCCUCCACGGCCUCCAGUGCUAGUGGACCAAAGGAUGCCUUCGGAUUCCCCCUUCCCGUCACCACAGUCAUCACCACUAUCAAACCCAUUCCCGCCUCCAUGCUGACCUCCACUGGCUCCUCUCCUUGCUCGUCCCCAUAUCCUGGUCCAAUGGACAUUGUUAUCCUGCCUGUCUCAACAGAGUCGAGCUCCAACUCCAACAGGAAAGGCAGCGGCAGCAUUGGUGGCUACAGCCGCAAUAGCAGCCAUUCUGGUCGCUUUGCGAGCACACACACCACGAACAGAAGCUCCCAAUCCUCUUCUCAAUCCUCUAUGCGUCUCAGUCAGGACAAAGAUGAUUCUGUACUGCUCAACUCCUCCCUCUCAACAUCUUGCCCUCAAUUAACCUUGCCACCGCUAUCUGUCCCCCCUGUGCCAUCGCCUGCUCUGAAUUCCAUAAACUCAAUACCUGUGCCAACUGCCAACAAAGCAACCCUUAGCUCACCUUCAUCAAACGCUGGUACAACCAUAGUCGGCUUUGACAUUAUCACCACCACCCUCACCGAAGACCAGGAUGAAUCAGAUGGAGAUAUUGCGGCCAAUCAGACACAGGAUACCACGGGUGCAGUUGGUGGCGCCAGGAAUCGACAGAGCAAGGGUCUCCAUCACCACGAUAAUCUUUAUCAUAUCACACCAGUCAAGGGCAACAGAUCUAGGUCUAAUGCUGUGGCCAUGUUACCUGGCACUGGUACCACCAUCAUCAGUGCCGCUAAUUACUCUUACCCGAAUCCACCAGCAGCAGGACCAACCGCAGGAUCGAUCCCCUCUCUGGGGUCUGCCGCGGAUCCUGAGCCGAUUAGGACACUCCGACAAGAUUCUAUUUGUCCAUCCAGUCGCAUGCAGGAGCGUACCGCUGGAUCCGGUUCUGUCUGCAACAUCGCCAGUUCAACUAGCACUGCUACUGAGCUUAUUCACUCGGGCACUUCUAACGACCCACAGCAAUCGUCCGCGUCAUUGUCCUCGAUAUCAUCUACACGAUCAAGGUCACUUACUAGUCCACAUGACGCAGCAGCAACAGACAGACCUGCAUCUAUUCUAAUCAAACCAAAGUCAAUCUUGCGUUCACGUUCAUGUUCUGGCAGCCAACGCCGUCUUCAGUCCGAGCUAUCACAACCACAACCUCAACCACAAGACUCUAUCACCUCUGUACUUCCUUCGCCGCCGACAACAGUACGCAUAUCGGCAUCAUCAGACAGGUCUUUGGUUUAUCAGCCAUCGCUCUACCUACACCAGGAUCCAAUGGCUGAAGGAGGAGGAGAGGGGCAUGUCAUUGCUAUGGAUACCGGUACAAGGAGCAGGACAGGAGGCAUUCACUCGCAGCGACGACCGUCCACGUCUAGUCGUGGUUCUGGAAACGUUCAGUCAGGUAAGCCAUAGCCCAAUUGAUUGCACUAAAAGAUUGUAUAGAGGGGGGUACGAACCCAGUUUAUGAGCGGACACAGAGGCGCACACAGAGGCGCACACAGCACGUUUGUUU